UCCAUCACAGAGGUCCUCCGAGAAUAUUAAAGCGGUCGUCAGCUCUCCCGAGGUCGUUACAAUACAUUCAUUAGAAACAAGCGUAAUUGUGUCUGCAUGAAUAAGGUCACCACAAAAUAUGGACUGGCUCAAAUGGCUAUGAAAUGGGCGACUUAUUUCCAUCUUUGAAUUGUUAAUUUCUGUACAGAUAUGGCUGAUAUAUUCCUUCGUCCUGCCCCCUGGCGAAAUCAAAGGCACCUAGCAAAUGUAAUCCAGGGUCGGGCUUUCCACUUGCCCGAUUUCGGAGUGAUCGAGUGCUGUUUAUCCAAUUAGCAAUCAGCAAAGAUUCCUUGCAGACCAGUGAGAACGUAGUGGUUAUCCCUCGCGACCAAUCUGCUUCGACGGGGGCGGGAUGUUGCUGACAGAGCGGAAGCGAGGAGGGAAUGUCAAAUUUGAGCACAAGUCAAAUUCAAGGGGACACCCCCUCUUCACAAGUCUCCAGUUUGAGGGUGAUCUGCACUCGUUUAGCACAGCGUUACCAGUCUCUACUCGACAGAUCCACUCCACAUGCACUGGGAAGAUGGGGAGCCACUGUCAUACUGGGAGUGCUGUACAUGAUCCGAGUCUUCAUACUGCAGGGCUGGUACAUUGUGACCUACGCUUUGGGGAUUUAUCACCUGAAUCUACUGGUGGCAUUCCUGUCUCCUAAAAUUGAACCAUCACUGCAAGAAGAUUCAGAUGAUGAAAUGGCGCUGCCGACACAUCACAAUGAAGAAUUCCGACCCUUCAUCAGGAGGCUCCCUGAGUUCAAAUUCUGGUACUCCGCGACUAAAGCAGUCCUGGUUGCCAUGGUGAUGACCUUCUUCGAAAUGUUCAACAUUCCGGUGUUCUGGCCAAUCCUGGUCCUGUAUUUCAUCAUGCUGACAUGCAUGACCAUGAAGAGGCAGAUCCGGCACAUGAUCAAAUAUCGCUAUGUUCCAUUCUCACACGGGAAAACACGCUACAGAGGCAAGGAAGAUACCGGAGACGUUUUCAUUAGCUGAGGAUUCCAGAUUGUAACGUUUUGAACACAUGAAACAGACUGGAAACAAAUCUUACUAUCUGAAUUAAUGUGUGAGUCAAUUUCCACUGGCCCCAACACUGGUUCAGACAGCUGUCACUCUCCACUGGCCCCAACACUGGUUCAGACAGCUGUCACUCUCCACUGGCCCCAACACUGGUUCAGACAGCUGUCACUCCACUGGCACAAACUGGUUCAGUUAGCUGUCACUCUCCACUGGCACCAGCCGUGAUUCUGAAAGCUCCCCUUUUCAGGUUAUAGUUUUAUUAAAUUAUGGUUGGGUCUCC